CUCACUUACUACUCUUAUUAUUAUACUAACUAUAAAUCAGAGAUCACUUUAGAAACGAAUCAUUCAAGUAGAAAGAUUACUCCACUAGAAGAUGAAGGCUUCACUAAGAUUCAGAGAAGAGCAAAACCCACUCUUCAAAGCUAAAAUACCACUCAAUUUCCUAGGCUUACCCUUCCAAUCAUCUCUUUCAGCUGGAAAUUCCAAGGAACUUUCAUUAGGCUUAGGAGUCGUCUUCGACUCCGGCCCAUCGUUUCGCCUUUCGUACCGUCCAAACGAUGCGUUUAACCCCUUCUCUCUCCUCGUUAAAACUGGAUUUGAGCAUUUUGGAAUUGACGCCCCCAUUACUAUGACUGCUGAAUUCAAUUUCGCCUCAUUGACGUCGAAUCCUAGAAUCUUCCUCAGUUUUAAUCCUCAUUUUGGUGAUUUCUCGAUUAAGAAAUCUCAGUGUUCUCCAUUGUUGUCUCCUUUCAAUUUAUUGAAGCGCAACGACGUCGUUUUCAAGACGGAUGAUAAGUCAAUCGAGAUGAUUGAUUCGGAUAAUGGUGAUUAUGGAAAUGAUGGGUGUAAAACUACUAAAUUACCCUUGAAGUCGAAGGUGGAGAGUGCUGUUAAUGGGAUGGAGUUAGGGGCAAAGUCGGUAUUUCAAAUCAGAAACGGUGUCGUAUUGAAGCUUCAGUGGGGAGUUAAGAUAUCCGAAGGUAUUCAAGCUUUGGUGAAGAAUCCAACGGCUAAGAUGUCACAACAUGGGAUCCCAAUCGUGCUUAACAAGAUCAUGAUUGAACAAGUGAAAAAUGAGGAUAAGAAGGUGGGACAAUAUGGGAGUGGGGUUAGUAAUGUUGCCCUGACAGAGAUGUGCUUAGCCUUGAAGCGGCAGUUAGAAAUGCUGCGCUAUGAUAAUGCGCGGCUUGAAAAGGUGUUAAGUGAUCUGAAAGGUGGAGUUUGGAUUGGUAAUAAAGGGAUUAAGGUUAUAGAAGGAGUAGAGAGAAAAUCAGAUGAGAUUAAGGAAGGGGAUAUGAUGGCCUUGGUGAAAUUUGGGGAGUAAUUUUGGAUUAUUAGGAUUAAUUGUGAUAACUUUAGAUGUGUCAAAUUGGGUCAUUUGUUAGAUUAUUUCAAGCUCAUUUGAAUUUGAGUAAAACCAAGUUAAGUGAAGAUCAAUUUUGAAUCGGGCGAUAGUUAAAUUAUUUUGGACCGGGUUAGUAUGGAAUAUCUCUAAUUUAUGAAAUUUAUUUGUUGUAUACUUAAUUUUUUUAAUUUAUUUUCCCAUAUAGUAGAAGGUUUAACAUGUCAAAAAAAAAAAAGGGGUUUAACAUGUCAUGUAUAGUUUUAAGUCUAUACCAUCCCUUUAAAGUUGAAGUCUAACACGUUUUGUGCACACUUUUUCCAUUUGUUUAAUUUAAGGUGAUACUACUCCCGAUAAUCCUUUUAUUACUUUUAAGUAAUCUUUUUUCUUUUACAUAAGCUUUAAUUCACAAAAGUUUA